GAAAAUCACGAAAGGUUAAAGAAAACAGUAACCAGAAUCUGUGAGAAUUUGAUUAGAAGAAGAAGUAGAAGGUUGAGGAGGGAGAAGACGAGAUGGGAGAGCGGAAGGUGCUUAACAAGUAUUAUCCGCCGGACUUCGAUCCGUCGAAGCUUCCACGGCUCCGGCGACCGAAGAACCAGCAGAUCAAAGUUCGUAUGAUGCUUCCCAUGAGUGUCCGAUGCAGUACCUGCGGAAACUACAUCUACAAGGGAACUAAAUUCAAUUCCCGUAAAGAAGACGUCAUCGGCGAGACAUAUCUGGGGAUUCAAAUCUUUAGGUUCUACUUUAAGUGCACCAAGUGCUCUGCAGAGCUGACUAUGAAGACUGAUCCACAGAACUCUGAUUAUAUUGUCGAAUCUGGGGCGAGUCGUAACUAUGAACCCUGGCGUGCUGAAGACGAGGUGCUUGAUAAGGAACAGCAGAAAAGAGAUGCCGAGGAGAUGGGGGACGCUAUGAAGUCUUUGGAGAACAGGACUUUGGAUUCUAAACGAGAAAUGGACAUUAUAGCCGCUCUUGAUGAAAUGAAAUCAAUGAAGUCUAGACACGCUACUGUGAGCGUAGAUGCAAUGCUGGAGGCCUUGCAAAGAACAGGCGCUGAGAAGGUCAAACGUAUAGAAGAAGAAGAUGAAGCAGUAAUAAAGUCGAUAUUUGGUAAGCAGAAAGAAGUUGUUAGGAGAAUUGCAGAUGACGAAGAUGAUGAGGAUGAUGAUGAUAGCGAUGAUUCUCCCAGCCUUCAUAAGGAGAAGAAAGGACCGUCUUCAGAUCUUUCAAAGAAGAGAAAGGCAUCAGAAGAAAGUCCAAGCAACCCCACAGAUAUUUUGACUAGUUCUUCUGCAGAAAUACCAAAGGAGCCUAAGAAGCGAGCUACCAGCAAGCAACCUUUCAAAUCCGUUCACAUAACAGUCAUCAAGAAGCAAUCUCAGCCAAGUUCUUCGACUACUCCAGCUCUUGCAAAGCCAGAGGAGGAGAAGAGCGAGGGUGUGGCUAACACUGGAUUAGCAUCUUUAUUCCAGAACUAUAGCAGUGAUGAAGACGAGGAUUGAAUCAUUUUAGUUUUUUUUGUUCUCAACAGGUUUCAACACUUUCACAGAUCUUACAUCACUGUUUCACAGAUCUCUCGAGUUGAUAUUAAAAUGCAUAUUUCCAGAAAUUUGUUUGAGAUUGUUUUUGCAGACAA